GGACUGGCUCGGCAGGGGCCCCGGCAGCCGCGGAGCCGGUCCCGCCCAGCCCGGCGGCGCCAUGUCCAGCGAGGAGAGCUACCUGGCCAUCCUGCGCUACCUGACCAACGAGCGGGAGCCCUACGCGCCCGGCACCGAGGGUAACGCCAAGCGCAAGAUCCGCAAGGCGGCCGCCUGCUACGUGGUGCGCGACGGGACCCUCUACUACCAGCGGCGGCAGCGGGACCAGCAGCGCUUCGCCGAGCUCGAGGUGGUGCUGCAGGCGGAGCGCCGCGCCCGCCUGAUCCGCGCCGCCCACCUCGGCCCGGACGGCGCCCACCGCACCCGCCUGCAGACCUGGCAGGGGCUCUCGCAGCGAUACUGGUGGCGAGGUAUUCUUAAGCAAGUUAAAGAUUACAUUAAAGAAUGUAGCAAGUGCCAGGAAAAGCUGGAUCGUUCUAGAUCCCUGUCAGAUCCUUCUGAAAUGCUGGAGGAGCUAGGACUGGACACAAGAUCUCAUGAAGACAGUAAUGAAACAGAUGAUGAAUUAAGUAACACUGCAUCCGUCCCAGCUGCAUCACCAAAACCUGUGAAAAAGAAACCAAUAGCAAAACAUGAGCUUGUAUUUGUUGAUAGUAAAGGCCUUGUGAAGCAGUCUUCUUCGAAACAUUCUCUGUCAGUUUUAAACCAACUGAACCAGCAGAGGCUUUCCAAUCAGUUCUGUGAUGUUACUCUGUUGAUUGAAGGAGAAGAGUACAAAGCGCACAAAUCUGUCUUAGCAGCCAACAGUGAGUACUUCCGGGAGCUUUUCAUCGAAAAGGGAGCUGUCUCCAGUCAUGAAGCAGUAGUGGAUCUUUCAGGUUUUUGCAAGACAAGUUUCCUCCCUUUACUGGAAUUUGCUUAUACAUCAGUGUUAACUUUUGACUUCUGUAGCAUGGCAGAAGUUGCCAUGCUAGCCCGGCAUCUCUUCAUGUCAGAGGUCUUGGAAAUCUGUGAAAAUGUGCACAAACAGAUGGAAGACAAACAAAUCACAGUGUACCAAAAGGGAGAUAUUCACACUGUAGAGUCUACACAGAGUUUACCGGAGCAGAAUGCAGUUGAAACGCAGCCUGUGGAUAGUGUUGAACAGCCUUUAUCUACGGAAGUGGUAAACAGUGAAGUAGUAGCAACUAUGAAUGGAGCAUCUCCCAGUACUGGACAAGAGCAGGCAAUAGCACUGCAGUCUGACUCUCAGACUUCAGAGCCUACAGGGGAUAUAACUGAUAGUCUUUCAGAGCCUACAGUACAGUCUGUUUAUAGUGAAACAACUGGAAAUGAAAUAAAAAUAGAACUGGUACAGAGCAUUGCAGAUAACAUUGUUUCUGUCAUGCAAUCUGAGCCUCCAGUGGCAGAGGACAUGGAAUCAUGCUCUCCGACAGAAGUUGAGACCACUCAAAAUGAGAGCAGCACAGCAAAUGCAGAAAUCACUUCUGAAGAGUCUUUAGAAGCACUUACGCAAAAACGUGGCAGGCCAUGUAAUGCAGAGGGCACUCCAGUAUCACAACCUGAGAGCAUCAUUUGCAGCCAAGAUGAUACUUAUAAAAGCAAACUUCGUCAGCGUUCAGUUAGUGAGGGUGGAUAUAUCAGAUUGCACAGGGGAAUUGAGAAAAAGCUACAGAAUAGGAAGACAAACCCCAAAUCAGCAAUACAGCAGGUUGCCAUGAAGUUAGUGCAAAGGGGGAAGAAGAUGAAGCAGCCCAAAAGAGAUACCACAGAGAACAAUGAGGUGGAAGCUCAGAUCAAAUGCACUGAAUGUGGGAUGGUUUUUCAGAGGCGUUAUUCGCUUAUAAUGCAUACACUGAAACAUGAAAGAACUAAGGAUUACAAAUGCCCGCUAUGUAAAAAAGAAUUCCAGUAUGGUGCCUCUCUACGUGCUCACCUUGUUCGACAUACCCGAAAAAAUGAAGUGAGCGCUGCAGCUGCUAGUAUAGAAGAGACGGGAGCAUCAACAAUGAAAGGCAGAACUAAGCGGGAGUUUAUAUGUGAUAUAUGUGGAAGAACUCUACCCAAGCUCUAUGCUCUCAGAAUACAUAUGCUCAAACAUACAGGUGUAAAGCCACAUGCAUGCAAGGUCUGUGGAAAGGCAUUUACUUACAAGCAUGGAUUAAAAAUGCACUUGGCUCUCCAUGAGACACAGAAGCAGUUCAAAUGUGACUUGUGUGAAAAGUCUUUUGUCACAAAACGGAGUCUUCAGGAACAUAUGAGCAUUCACACAGGAGAAUCCAAGUAUCUUUGCUCCAUUUGUGGGAAGUCUUUUCAUAGAGCCUCAGGACUUAGUAAGCACAUAAAGAAACAUCAGCCAAAGCCUGAAAUUCGUGGAUAUCAGUGUACUCAAUGUGAAAAAAGUUUCUAUGAAGCUCGGGAUCUCCGGCAGCACAUGAACAAGCAUCUUGGUGUGAAACCAUUCCAGUGUGAGUUCUGUGGGAAGUGUUACAGUUGGAAGAAAGAUUGGUAUUCCCAUGUGAAGUCCCAUUCUGUCACAGAUCCGUACAGAUGUAAUGUGUGUGGCAAAGAAUUUUACGAGAAAGCUUUGUAUAGAAGACAUGUAAAGAAAGCCACUCAUGGGAAGAAAGGGAGAGCAAAGCAAAAUCUGGAACGUGUGUGUGAGCACUGUGGAAGAAAAUUCACCCAACUGCGAGAAUACAGACGACACAUGAAUAAUCAUGAGGGUGUUAAGCCUUUUGAAUGUCUGACUUGUGGAGUAGCCUGGGCUGAUGCACGUUCCUUGAAGCGUCAUGUGAGGACACAUACUGGAGAACGACCAUAUGUCUGUCCAGUAUGCAAUGAAGCUUACAUAGAUGCCCGGACGCUACGGAAGCAUAUGACCAAGUUCCACAGGGAUUAUGUACCUUGCAAAAUUAUGUUGGAAAAGGACACCCUUCAGUUUCAUAACCAGGGGACGCAAGUGGAACAUGCCAUCAGUAUUUUAACAGCAGACAUGCAAGAACAAGAAACCGAGAUUAGCAUUGGCAGUGAGGAGAUUGAGACUGUGGUAGUGGCAGGAGAAACAAUUGAAGCUGUUGCAGCUACUGAGGAAUGUACAUCAGUAUCCACUCUUUCUGACCAAAGCAUCAUGCAAGUGGUGAAUUACGUAUUGGCACAACAGCAGGGACAGAAAAUAGCUGAAGUUACACAAGCCAUUGAAACUGUAAAAGUAGAAGUGGCCCACAUUUCAGAAACAGAGUGAACCACCAUCCCUAACAGAAAGCAAGAAGAGUGCAGUAUUGUCAUGUAACAAGCUAAAUAUUAACUGUAUUUGAGGCUUACAGUAAUACUGACUUUCAGAUACUGAAUUUCCUAUAUUGAGUUUCUUGGGUGCAGAAUGAUAUUGCACAAUGCACUGAUUAAAAAAAAAAAAGGUAAAAAUGCAGAUACUUCAUUACUGAGCAAGAGUUUGGAAGACCGAUUUCUGCAUCAGUCAUAAUCAGUUAUUACAGAAAGGUCUAAAAAUAAAAUAUUUCCUGUGUAAUGGCAGUAUCAUGUUGUAAAUUUUUUUAUGAACUUUUACAAAGAAACUGUGCUAGAAUUGUACAGCUGUUUCAGUAGAAUUUUGCCUUUGUUUUAAUAUGUAUUUCAUCAGGGUCAGUGAAUGAAGUUUAAGUGAUGGGUUCUGUCCUCUUUUCUUUCACUCCCCAAAUCAGGGGAUGUUGGACUGCUGUGGAGUGUGUGUUGCCUUGUGAGGGGCUGGAAACCUGUGGUAUGGGGUCUUUUGCCUUUAGGUAGAUGUGCUAAUUGUGUAUAAAUCUACAAAGUGUGCUUCAGAAAUUUUGCAAAAUUAGCUUAAACUCCUCAGGACUGUGUGGCAGGUCAGUACACUUAAGGAUUCUGCAAACCAUUGUAAAAUGACUUGCAUAACCAUGUAACUGUAACCAAAUUUACUCAGUGAGGCCCAUUGGAAUCUGGGGAAAAAAACUCUGUCAUUGGCGAGCAGUUACUUCCAUAAGUACAAUGGGAUCAAUAGGGCUACUCAAAUAAGUAACUGCUCUUCAGUGUGAAUAAGGGGUUUACUCUGGCCCGAUAUGUGCAACCCUGUUUAAUUUAUUUUGCUAAUUGUUCAGUUGUGUAAAGAAAGCUUUACACUGCUUCGUUGUACUUACCCAAGGUAGGAGAACUAAUGAUGGAUGUAGAACUCUUCUAAUUUUAUAUUAAAUUUAUGUGGAAAUUUCCACAUGAAAAAAGUUAAGUGUAAUUGGGUGCAGUUCUUUGGGAGUGGGACACAGUAGAAAUCAUCUGGUUUUCCAACUACUGUAUCAUGGAGAAUUGUUAUUGAGAAGCAGGGAUGGUGGCAGUUGUUAAUUCCAAAAUGGGACAGACAGUAGCAUUAGGAUUGAAUAAUAUGAAUGUCAUAAUAUCAUGUUAAAAACUAAAUUUGUGACAUAUGCUGGAAAUCUCCAAAGGCUUAUUACACCACAGCUACAUGAAGACACAUGUAAGGCAGGCUGUUAACCCUGUUGCAUCUCCUCAUCUUUGUGGAAGAACUUACAGUCUCUGUAGGUUAAUGUGUUAAAAUGAAGUGGAAAUAUUUGUUCUAAUAUUAAAGAAAUCCUAUGCAAUGAAGUUGCUAGUAUCUUUCUCAGUGAAUAUAUAAUUCCCCUGGCUUUUGCUGGAAGCAGAAGCCCUGUCUCUGUCUCUCCCAGCCCUGCCAAUCUCUCAUACUUGAUAAAAUCAUUGUAUCAUGGCCAUACUGUUGUGUAUGUAUUGAGACCUGCCAAUCCACUUUCAUGUGUAUUAAAGCAACAUGUAUGUUUGGCAUAUUUGAAAUUCAUUAUCUUUCAGUAAGAUACAGCUCCAGAUUGAAGGCAACAGACCUAUGGCAAUGAAUGAGAGACAGUGUCAUCCAAUCCUAUACGCGCAACAGGCGAAAAAUGAACGACUUAAGCACGUACGUACAUGAGGAUAGCUGAGACCACCUUUGAAUUAGUAUCCUUGUAUUAGUUUCAGCCUGUGUGGUGAUAUAAUCUACUCUCAUUCUGUAAUAUGCAUACUGAGAGUGUUUAGUUCAGGGACUAAAACAGAAGUGUAGAUGUAGUUUAGAGUUCAUGUUCUGAAAUUAUAUAGCAUAAAAGCUUGUACUGCAAAAGUAUUCAACGGGGUAAGACCACUGGUCCCUGCUAGAUAAACUUAACAAAUUUGGUAAUUACAAUUUUCUUCUGCAGCCUGUGAAACUGGCUUGCCUUACACAUUAACAAAAUAUGGGGCAAAAUCCCUGACAAGGUGUCUAACUCAUUUGAAUUAACAUUUCUAUAAUGUUCCAUCACUUAGCUGAAAUAUCUCAAUUUAAUAGGCUGUAAAACAGACCACUUCUGUGUAUUUUGCAUGCAUGUAGAUAAGCUGUUGAAAAUCUUACUUUUUAAAAAGCAAUAACUAAUGUAAUUACAUUGAGUUACUGCCUUGGGUCUGAACUGAGCUGUAGGUUACUGUAUUCCAAAGAUCAAAAUGUCUUCUGUGAGAACUAAACAUGAUGGUGAUUUCAUAUUAUUCACAUACACCUUGUAACCUCUUAUAAUUGUGCUAGUCUCGAAAUAUUGCGAUGGAGUAAAAUUGCACAAAACAUACACUUGAAAAAAUAGUGCUAGUUGUAUUUUCCUGAACACUUGUAUACCCAAAAACAUUAUGGACAAGCACCCAGGAAAGAUCAGUCCAUCAUAAUAUAAACUAAAAACAGAGGUAAGUGUAACAGUUCUUAUAGCCAUUAUAAUGUGAAAAGAUUUUAAUAGAUUGUUAGGUAAAUUUCCAGAUUUUCUGAGUACUAGUAAUUUAUGCAUAAGUAUAUAUUGAUAAAGUUAUGAGGAAACAUGUUCAGGAUAACUAUUUGUAAAUAUUGUUUAGAACUUCAGUUGUAUAUUCAGUGUACUACCUUAUAACACAAUACUUGUUAGCAUCUUAAUUAAUCCUUGGACACUUUUAUUUGUCCAUUCCUCUGGAGACAAAGGAGUCUGUUGAAUUUAAAAGAAAAAAAGUAUAAUGCCUUCUGUAGGAAUGAAAAUAUUUGUUUUAAUUGACUUUAUGACCUGCCAGUCAAUAAAAUUACAGAAAAGUUGUUACAUAAAGAAUCAAGCCAGGAAUAUGAAAGUUAAAGGCUAUGGCACCUCUUCCUUAAUACGUACAGUUGUGCCUUAAUUUUUUUCAGAAUGGCAUACAGUAAGUAGGGGAGUAUCAUUUUUAGCCUUGCUGUUCCUGGAUUUGUGAGGUUGCCUUUUUUUUUUUUAAUAUACCUCUUAAAUUACUAGCUUGAGAGGUUACUACUCUAGCACAAUUUUUGUGAAAUCAGGCCAUAAACAUGAGCAUUUGAUUGUGGAAGCUAGAUUUUUUGUUUAUAAAAACUCAUGAGAAACUCAGUCUAUUUCUGAAGUAUUCCUACUAAAUUCCUGGACACUGAAUUAAAACGUCUUUGGUUUGUACAUUCUGCUGUUUUGGUUGGUGUUAAAUGUAUAAAGUUCUGGUUAUUUCUGUCAUUAAAUAAACUGAUUUUUGCCAUUAA